AUGAACCCAACACAGACGCUUUACUCUCCCGGCGGGAGCUCGCCGGCGUCUCAGGCGUCGCACCCGUCUUCGCUCUUCCCUGAAAUCAACAGAUGUCGAACCAUGAGAGACCUCUCCCAAAUCCAUGCCACAUUCAUCAAAUCGGGUCAAAUGCGAGACACUCUCGCUGCCGCAGAGAUCCUUCGUUUCUGUGCUACCUCCGAUCUCCUUCACCGCGACCUCGAUUACGCCCAUAAAGUCUUCAAUCAGAUGCCUCAGCGGAAUUGCUUCUCUUGGAACACCAUAAUCAGAGGUUUCAGCGAGAGCGACGAACAAAACGCCGUAAUCGCAAUCACAUUGUUCUGCGAGAUGAUGAGCGACGAAUCUGUAGAACCGAAUCGGUUCACGUUUCCGUCGGUGCUCAAGGCCUGCGGAAAAACCGGGAAGAUCGAAGAAGGUAAGCAGAUUCACGGAUUAGCUUUGAAGCUUGGGUUAAACGGCGACGAAUUCGUGAUGAGCAAUCUCGUUAGAAUGUAUGUGAUUUGCGGUUUGAUGAAAGAUGCUUGCGUGUUGUUCUACAAGAACAUCAUAGAACGAGAUAUGGUGAUGAUGGAUAGAAGAAAGAGAGACGGUGAAGUGGUUUUAUGGAACGUCAUGAUUGAUGGUUACAUGAGACUCGGAGAUUGUAAAGCUGCACGCAUGUUGUUCGACAAAAUGCGUCAGAGAAGCGUCGUCUCGUGGAACACGAUGAUUUCGGGUUAUUCGCAGAACGGGUUGUUCAAGGACGCGGUAGAAGUUUUCUCUGAGAUGAAGAAUGGAGAUUUCCGUCCUAAUUAUGUAACUUUGGUCAGUGUUCUUCCUGCGAUUUCACGGCUCGGGUCGCUUGAGCUAGGAGAGUGGUUGCAUUUCUACGCGGAGAACAACAGAAUCGAGAUUGAUGAUGUGCUUGGCUCUGCUUUGAUUGAUAUGUAUUCGAAAUGUGGAGUCAUCGAGAAAGCGAUUCAGGUGUUUGAGAGACUACCUAGAGAGAAUGUGAUCACUUGGAGUGCGAUGAUAAACGGGUUCGCUAUACACGGCCAGGCAAGUGACGCCAUUGACUGUUUCCGUGAGAUGAGGCAGGCCGGAGUUAGACCUAGCGAUGUUGCAUACAUCAAUCUCUUGACCGCUUGUAGCCAUGGUGGGUUGGUUGAAGAAGGAAGGAGGUAUUUCAGUCAGAUGGUGAAUGUGGAUGGUUUAGAGCCUAGGAUUGAACACUACGGGUGUAUGGUUGAUCUGUUGGGUCGCUCGGGUCUUCUUGAAGAGGCUGAGGAGUUUAUACUUAACAUGCCUGUAAAGCCUGAUGAUGUGAUAUGGAAAGCUCUCUUGGGAGCUUGUAGAAUGCACGGUAAUGUGGAGAUGGGGAAGCGUGUGGCUGACAUUUUGAUGGAGAUGGUUCCUAAUGACAGUGGAGCUUAUGUGGCUCUCUCGAACAUGUACGCUUCUCAAGGGAACUGGUCAGAGGUUUCGGAGAUGAGGAUGAGGAUGAAGGAGAUGGAUAUAAGAAAAGAUCCAGGGUGUAGUUGGAUCGACGUUGAUGGUGUGGUUCAUGAGUUUCUUGUGGAAGAUGAUUCUCACCCGAGAGCCAAAGAGGUUAUCUCGAUGCUUGUGGAGAUCUCGGAGAGAAUGAGAGUUGCUGGGUAUAGACCGAUCACCACACAGGUUUUGUUGAACUUGGAGGAAGAAGAUAAAGAGAACGCGCUACAUUACCACAGCGAGAAGAUCGCUGUUGCGUUUGGGUUGAUAAGCACAAGCCCUGGGAAACCAAUACGCGUUGUGAAGAACCUACGCAUCUGUGAGGAUUGUCAUGCCUCGAUCAAACUCAUCUCCGAAGUUUACAAGAGAAAGAUAACGGUGAGGGACAGGAAACGCUUUCACCAUUUCCAAGAUGGCUCAUGCUCUUGCAUGGAUUAUUGGUGA